AGAGAGAAAGCAAAAUCUACAGACUGUACCAGAGUAAUUCCUGAAGAAAAAGAUACUAAACAACUCCCUCAAGCAAAAGCAGAAAGUAAAGAACAGCCUAAAGUAAGAGUCUAAGCCAAGGGCUCCAGCACAGAGACUCAUAACAGAGUUCCUGAGAAAAAGCCUAAAGAAUGUGAAUCUGAAAAGAUCACAGAAGGGAAAAUAAAAGAAGAUCCUAGAGGUAUUCCUGACUACUGGCUCACAGUUUCAGAGAAUGCUGACAAGCUUGGUCAGAAGUGUGAUGAGGCCAUUAUGAAGUUCUUGUCUGAUGUUAGCCUGAAGUUCUUAAAGCGACCAGCCAGUUACACCUUUCAAUUUCAUUUCGUAUCCAGUCCAUAUUUCAGAAAUGAACUAGUGAUGAAAAUAUACAUAAUGAAUGCAGAAUGAAAUGAUGCCUUCUUUUCUUGGGGAUAGGAAACUGAAGAUUGCAAAGACUAUGAGAUAGAUUAGAGAGGAGGAAAGGAUGUUACUGUCACAACCAUUCAGUCCACAACUGCUUUUGGAGACACUAAAACUAAUGCAUCAUUCUUUAAUUUUUUCAGUCCUCCUGAGAUUUCUAAGAUCGGGAACCCAAAGCCAUGGGAAAAUGCCAUCCUUAGUGAGGACUUUCAAAUCAGUCAAAUUUUACAUGAUGAUGGUAUUCUAAAGUCAAUCUGUUCUUGUGCAGAAGUAAAUGAUACUUACUAUCAUGAUUGCAAAGAUUAUGGAAACUGAGAAUACCACAGAGAAAAAUGAGGCUGGUUGAAAGGUAUUUCAAGAAUCUUAAAAGUUCAGACAUGCAGAAGUAAAGGAGCUUCAUCUAGUCUUAGGAAAAAAAAACACAACAAACAGACAGACAAACAAAAAACCUGUCCUGUAACUUGAACAUUAUACUACUAAUAGUAUUGUGUUUCAUGUUCUCUUCCUAGCCUAACUUUAAAAAAAAUUUUGCAAGUGCCUUAAGUAUCAAUUUAUUCUUUCCAGCCUAUUGUAUUAUAGUAGUCUUCAAAAUAUGUAAAUUAUUAUAAAUUAGUUAAAGCAUGUUGUUAGUUUGGUGCAACGGUGUUGUUUUUUGUGAAGUCUUUUUGUCAUGUUAAUAUUAGAUUAUACCUGUGAAAACUAUCAGAAUUAUUAGACAGAUAGCUGCUUGAAAAAAUUACUGAACUGCCACUGAAAAGAAUUUUUCUUUUCCAGCCAGAAGACUAAGGGUUUCAAUCUGCCUGCACUAGUGUUGCCUUCAUUACGUUGGUAUAGAAGUAAAAUUUGACUGCUUGAAAACAUUAGGAUACAUUUAUAAAUACAUCAAGACUAUGUUUGAUUUCUUUGAAUUUUAUGUGAGGCAGUGGUCUAUAAAUUUAAUCAUAAUUAAGUUAUUGUUUACCAUUGAUGUGUUAAUAUGACAUGGUAUUUUUUAUUUUAAAAAUUAAAAUAUUGACUAAACAACAAUGAAGACAAAAUCAAAACCACACAAAAACAACAAAAAUGGUACAUGACCUCAAAACAAACUGAUAGAAAUUUACAGUGGUUGCUAUAUUGCAUCUUGUUAUCUUUAGUAAAGCUGCUCAUGUUACUGUCUUUGAUUGUUUGAUCAAUAUGACAUAGGAUUUCUAAGUUUCGUCAUCUUAUACUGUGUAAUUCUAAACUAAAGAUAGCAUACUUUCUUUGUAAUAUAUUGUACGUUUACUUUUGCUGAAAAUAACUAUAACAUUUGAUGUUUUCUCAGGUUCUUGUAUUGCUACUUAAAAUAAAUAAAUGCUGCAUAAAGCAUGUUGUGCUAGAAAAA